GGCUUCUUAAAAUAUAUGGCUUAUGUGCAGGCAAAGGAGUUUUACUUGGCAUGGAGGCUGUGGGCCGAAGGGCCUGUUCGGGCACUGUGUGAUGUUGUUCGGGUUCGCUUGCAGGGACAGAACGCCCUGCCCUGCCCAGCCCAGCGUUGGGAGGCGGCGUUUGAAGCUGGGGAUGGCGAGGAAGUGGGCGGCGAUACAGGGCCGGGCACGGAGCCCAGUCUCAGUCGGCAGCGCAGGCAGGAAGGAAGGAGUGAGACAAACUGCGACAGCGAAAGCACAGCCAUGGAUGCAGGAAUCGGGCUCAGCGACGAUGCCAUUAAGAUGUUCAGUGAGAUGAAGAUUCACAAGAAAGGUCAUACUAAAAGAAAGUUUAUCCGCUUGUGCAUGAACGAGAAAGAGGAUGCAUUGGUGGUGGAUGACACAUGCCAGCAACAAAGCUCCAUGGACGCAUAUCAGCAAUUCUUAGCCAUCUUUCCGGACAACAAAUGCUGCCAUGUGAUUUAUGAUAUCACUUUCAACACCAAGGAUUCUGUCAACAAGAAUGAACUGGUUUUAUUCGGAUGGUGCCCGGAUAGUGCACCAACAAAGGAAAAGAUACAGUUCACAUCAUCAGUAAACACGGUCAAGAAUAAGCUAAGUUUGAAAUUAGUUCAGUGUAAUGCCAAGGACGAACUAUCAAUAGAUUGUUUAGCGGACGCGCUUGGGUCAGAUGUGACUGAAGUGGAGGGAAUGCCAGUGUGAUAUUGUAACGCCUGGCAGUGUGCACAGCUUCCUCGCCGUCCUGUAACGUGGCUUUAUACAUCUGUGCCCAAUGCCACUUCAAUCUACUUUUGAAUCUUCAACAUUCCAACUCGUUACUUUGUAUUCUUUUCCAGUAAAAAUGAAAUUCUUUAUCUGAGUGCUUUUUCUUAGAGUGGGGUUUGUUUUAAUUAAUAUGCAGUGAUAUCUGGUAUUAAUGACGUCAAAUCUUUAGGAAGUACUUGUCAUCCUCAGCAAUUUCAAUGCUUUGUUUCAAAUUUUGGAAAUAAUUGCAAAUUUAACAACCUAAUUAAAAUAAGUAAAGGCAAUGUUUUAAGUUCCCGCAAAGUGUACUAUCUAUUACUAGGUUCAGAAACUUGAUAAUCUCCAUCUUUUCUACUUUUUAAUUAAAAGAUUUCUAAUAAUGUUUGGCACGGUCUUUAUAGUUGACAAAUAAAGUUGUAAUCUCAAAUAAUAAAUUGGCACAAAAUAACCAAA